AUGGCCACCACAACGUUCAAGAUUCUGGUUCUGCCCGGAGACCAUGUCGGCCCCGAAGUCAUGGCCGAGGCACUCAAGGUCCUCGAUGUGAUUGAGGAGUGCCGGCCCGGCGUCAAGUUCGAGCGCACUUUCGACCUCGCCGGCGGAUGCAGCAUCGACAAGCACGGGACGCCAAUCACGGAAGACGUCCUCGACAAAGCGAGCAAUAGCGAUGCGGUCCUCUUUGGCAGCGUCGGCGGCCCGGAAUGGGCCAACCACUCUCCCAAUCCAGAAUCCGGUCUGCUCCGCCUCCGGCAGCGACUGGACGCGUUUGCCAACUUGCGCCCGUGCGAAGUCAUCGUCCCCUCGCUCAUCGACGCAUCCCCUCUGAAGCCAGAGAUCCUGCGCGGCACCAAGUUCAUUGUUGUGAGGGAGAACUGCGGCGGUGCCUACUUCGGCGACAAGCAAGAGACGCCGGACCUUGCCUCCGAUCUCUGGGUUUAUACGCCCCCCGAGGUGGAACGGUUGUCUCGCGUCUCGGCUGCGGUCGCUCAAAUUAUGGGACGCUCUGGGGAUGGCAAGGGCGGAGGUGGUCCGGCAGUGGUCUGGAGCGCCGACAAGGCAAACGUUCUCGCCAGCGGCAGGCUAUGGCGCAGGGUCACAUCUGAGGUAUUCGCCAAGGAGUUCCCGGACAUUGAGUUGCAGCACCAGCUCGCCGACAGCAUGGCCAUGCUCAUGGUCAAGAACCCGCGCGGGUUCAACGGAGUCAUCCACACCGACAACACAUUCGGAGACAUUCUGUCCGAUAUCUCCGGCGGUAUCGUUGGCAGUCUGGGCACCCUUCCCAGUGCAAGCAUCUCAGGCAUCCCGGGCAAGGGCAAAUGCAAUGGCAUCUACGAGCCAGUUCACGGGAGUGCCCCGGACAUUGCCGGCAAGGGCGUCGUGAAUCCGGUCGCACAGAUUCUAAGCCUGGCUAUGAUGCUCAGGUAUUCUUGCCUGCUUGUUGAAGAGGCCGCGGCUAUCGAAAAGGCUGUCGAACGUGUAUUCGAUGCCAAGGAGUCUGGUGGGCUCGGUGUGCGAACGCGAGACAUGGGAGGCCAGGCGGGGACUCGUGAGGCCGGCGACGCCAUCUGCAAUGUCGUCAGAAGCCUGCUGCAGGGCUAA